CACACACGGAAAUCGGCGUAGAGGAUAGUUGCGAUCUUGCCAGGCUGAUAGAUCCUAGAUGCCCAUACAAGCGUCAUAGGUGAGGCUGAAGGGGCAGUGGCUUUCUGGGUUAGGGUUUUAGCGCGGCUUGGAGCGACAGCUGAGUAGGUAGGUUUCGGAAGCACAGGGACACGGAACCAAGAUUUACAACAUGUUGCUAGACAUGGAAUUGACAUGGGAACGAGACAUGUGCGAUGCCAAUUUCGUAGAGAUAAUCUACUAUAAUCGCCUGGGGCGUCCAGAAUCUCUAACACAGAAAGUGAGAUACAGUAGCGACGAUGACAAAGAACAAAGCAACCAAGGCCUUCGAAGUGUCGUCGUAUCGAUGAGACUCGAUUCGCCAUACUUCGCCGAUGCCCGUCAAUCAGAAGAUAGGACCGUGAUCAGAAUUGUUGCAUUGAGUCGCUAAACAGAGGAUGAGCGAUCUAAUGGGAGCCGAGUUACUCUAAGUACCGAUACCUUGACACUAGCACACAGUUAAGUAGCUUCACUCGCACCAUAGUCGUUACUAUCAACUAGAUUGAUGAUAUCCGAGGCUCGCGGCGAAGUUUUGCGCCAUUUCGUCUAUUGGACGGAUGUUAUCACCUCCAGUUCAAUCAUGAGACCUCUCCACAUGUGCUUGACUGUGUUCAUAGAUUCCAGUCUUAUGAGUCGUGACGCAGUAGACAUGGGUAUUUUAGUCUAAACUCCAUUGACUAAGGAGCCGUGAUAUGCAGACACCAUGAAAAUGUACUACCCAACUCGCUUCUCAACUGCAUCUUGGAU